GGAACACACACACACUCACACACACACACAUGAACGGAGCUUUAACCCUUCUUAGGACAAAACCUAUAGACCUUGAAGAGAUAAGAGAGAGCGAGAUGAACGAAUGGACAGAAGCAGGAAGGGAGGGGCCAAGUGACUGACAGAGAGAAAGAGAGAGAGUGAGACAGAGAGAGAGAGAGAGAGAAAGAGAAAGAACAAGACAGGCAGAAUAAGAGAGAGAGAGAGAGAGAGAGAGAGAGAGAGAGAGAGAGGGAGAUGAUGUAUCACUAAGCAGGUCACAUGUGGGAUUUAUUUUCCAUUUUCAUGGCUCCUGCUCACACAGCUACGUGAAGCAUCUCAACCUGCACCUACAACGGACAGCAGCAGCGAUGUGGAGCGUCUGGUUAAUUCUUUUCCUUCUAUUACCUGAAGAUGGUCAGUCCAGUCUCACACACUCGGAAUUGUCCUGUGUAAACGACUACAUGACCAACAUCUCGUGUUUGUGGAACGACACUGCGUGGCUCACAGGCCAGAACUGCCAACUUCAGGUGACCAGAGACACACAUCGGGGCCUGAUAACUAAAAGCUGUUCCUUGAACACCACAAGAAACUGCUGGAUUACCAUGUCACCCAAAUUAAGCUUCGCUGAGAAGAUCAUGCUGGAGGUGCUCUGUAACAAGACCAGGAUGGACAAUGUGAAGGAGUACCGCCCCGGCCGUCACGUUAAACUCCACCCUCCUGAGCAGCUGAAUGUUACUGGGAACAACGUGACGUGGAGUCGAGGAUCUCGCUUCCCCAAGUCCAUCACAAAAUACGAGUUUCAGCUGCAGGUCAAAGCCAAGCAGCAGAGCUGGGAGGAAGUUAAGCCGAGGCGCGUGGAUGGCACGUUUGUGCUGUUGGAUGGUGAUUCGGUGUGUGGGGGGGUGUGUGAGGCACGAGUGCGUGUGAAACCCCUUGACCCAAAGAAAGAGGACCAGAUCUGGGGUCACUGGAGUGACUGGAGCCCUGCCGUGACCUGGAGGUCAGAGGUCAUCGUAAACACACAGGCGACACACAAACCAGAGACGAGCAACACAUUUAUCAUCUCUCACCCUGAAGUCAUAGGAAUGCUGGUGGGGUUUGUACCGCUCAUCCUCAUUGUCCUCAUCCUCGCUUCUCUCUCCGUCUACCGACACAAAUGUGGGAUGAAGGUGGGCUGCGAGCACAUUCCUGAUCCCUCCAAAUACUUUCAGCCUCUUAUCAGCAAGCACAACGGAAACUUUCAGGAAUGGCUGGGUCCUCAGCACUCGACCUCUUUGUUCCUCCCUUCUCACUCAAAUGACUGCGAAAUCUCUCCCGUUGAUGAAGUCACUGAAGCAUGGAAUGACCCUCUGGCUGGCAACACAGUGCUCAUCUAUGCUAAUCACACGGUUUUGCAACAGCAAAUGAGUGUUGGCAGUCAGGUCUCGUCCGGCGUCUCUAACAUGGGGUACUUCUACAGUGAGCACCAGCCAGGCUCUGUGUGCCUGGACUCCUGCCCCGUCUACUUCACUUACCAUCCUGAAGGUGGUGCCCUCGAGUCCAGCAUGUCCUACGAGCGUCUGCGGGGGGCAGCGCCGACGAGCCCGGACUCCGGCUUCGGCAUGGAAGCAGAAAAAGAAGAGGCUGAUGAGGAAGAACAAGAAGACGACGCAGGAAAAGGACAGAAGAAGGAAUGCAGCGGGGUCAACAUGCAGCACCUGGUCUCAUUUGUUUUGUCCUUGCCGGAGAGUGCAAGAAUCACCAUCCCACCAUCCUUUGCAGAUCUCACACCCUGGCAAGAGGAGCCUGAAUCUUCUGGGAUCAGUACAAACGCUGAGUCUCUGGAUGGCGCUGUGGUUCGACCCUCGUCCAUGGUGGUGCAGCCGUGCAGCAGUGGCUAUUUAACCCUGAAGGAGAUGCAGAAAUACAGCAACAAAUCCAUCUGAUCACAUGUUCCACAACUAAAUUCGAAUCAUAACAAAUUUGACAAAUCUGCAAAUUGCUUCCAAAUUUAUCCCAUGUGGUGUGGAUUUGUUCCAUCGUGGUUAAAAUUUCUCAUUCAUUUACAGCAAGAGUUGAUUUUCAGUGUCAGGACAUGUAGUGACCAUUGGCAAAGUGAAGUGGGUGGGGCAGAGUUCAGCUUCAUAUACAUAAGGAGUGAGGCAGUGUGAUGAAUAUCAAUGGGAGUGUGAGACAAUUAGGACACUUCUUUUUUUCCCCUAUUAAAACAUAAUCUGACUUGUUGCAAACUGAAACUUCAAGUAUAUCAGGACGUAAAAUUUAAAACAAUUGCUCAGUCUCUGAAAGGUCCUCUGUAGGAAUGAUCUGUGAAUUUUAGUUAGAGCAUUAACUGUUUGUCCCAGAGUGUAAAGUGAAGCUAGCUAACAUAAAUCAGAGUAUAAACACUGCCAAGUCACUAAUUAGAACAAAUUUCAGUUCGCUUGUGUAUAUUAUAGAUAUCGAAACUGUUUUAUUGGCUGUUGUUGAAGGAAAUAUCACGUGUUACACUAGGUAGUUGAGAAACUGCAGCAACCAGCAGGAAAUUCAAGUCAGGGACACCUACUAGCAACAAAUGUAUAACAAUUUGUGAUUGCAGGGUUAUAAGCAGACUCUUCUGCAAAAAGUCUGCUGUUGUUAUUGCAGAGUAUAAAAGACAGUAACAUUUUCACUUCAAUUUUAACUAUCCUUCAUUUUUCAUCUGAUGUCAUAUAUUCCUGUGUUCAGUGUGUUUAACCGAUAACUGUGCUAAACAAAGACUCGUGACUUUUCCAGACACGUGGACUCCUAUCUCAUCAUUACCAUGCGACGUUGCUAACCUUCAGUAUUAUUAUUAUUAUUAUUAUUAUUAUUACUGUAUAGGAAUACAGCUUGUUCCACCUAUGUUUUGAGCUGUGUGUAUUCCAGUUUUUCUUGGUUUUUGGCUGCUAGUGGACACCAUGAGAUUGUCCUGACUCAGACACACACACACACACACACACACAACACACGCGCACACACAUUGACGAUCUCAUGCCAAAUUUGUCUAAUUUCUUCAACUUCAUUCGUAACCAAUGCUAUGAAAGCUCUAUUCUCAUUCCUCUGAGUUUUGCAGACAUGAGGCUGAGUUUCCCAAAACCAUCUCAAACACUUUCUCUUAACUGGGAGACAGAGACAGAGCGUUCAGUGUGAUGCUUGCGAUACCAUUGCUGCAAUGCUUUUGGAAAACUUGACCCAGAGGACAAAUUAAAUAUCUCAGGGUUCUAGUUUGAGCUGAAAGAUCUAAGUUUAAUUUAGUGAGUGAUUCAGUGUGCUGCCUUUACUUUAAAGCAUUAAAACAUAUGAGGUGUUUUUCCCCAGUUCACAUGUUUUUAUGCUCAUUUCUUUUUCAUAAUUUAGUCAUAGUCAUCUAGCUAGAUUUCUUCCAGGACAGUAAAAGGCUAAUACAUGCUUCCUCUGAUUUCACAGCCCUGUUCUUUACAUAAAGCUAGCAUUUCUCAGAUCAGCAGAGGAAACAGAAGUAGGCCGUCCUUCCUGACAGUUAUGUCCUCUUGGAUUCCUGGCCAAGGCUAAAUAUUAGAAAAAGAUCGAUGUUGUUUUGUAUAAAUGGUGAUGGAAACAGAUUGCUUGCAGUAAACAGUGACGUAGCGAGUGUGUGUUCUUGUUUCUCCAUGACUGUUUUGAUUGGCUGGCACCACUCGCGUGAACAUGUGGUUGAUACAGACGCACAAGCAUUCAUGUUUUACUUUUACAGAUUUGAAAGUAAGUUGGAUUUGGAUUAAAGCAAAUAUACGCAAUCUAUGACGUAUGAAGCAAGAGAUAUCGACAGACAUAUAUUAUAUUUAAUACUAAUAUAUUCAUUUUUAUUUAGAUGCUUUAUCAUUUUUUUGUAAGACUGUUUAAACAUGUUCUCAUUUUGCAUAUAAAUAUAUAUAUUCUCUCAUAGCUGUGUAUUCUGUUUAAAGAUUAAAACCCUUAAAGGUUCCAUGUAGAACCCUACAACAAAUCAUUCUAUCAAAAAAGGUUCCAAGUAGAACUCUAUUUUGGGGAAACCCAUAAUUAAGAACCUAUAACUAUCUAAUGAAACAGCUCUUUUGCUGUAUUAACUGGGAAUGUGGUACAAACCAAUUUAUUUCUUAAAACCAAGAACCAAUCAGGAGAUUAACAUUUAGCUUGUGGCACUUCAAGGGUUCUUCAUGGGUUCUAUAAGGGUUCACUUUGUAAUGGACAUUACAAAACUAUUUUUAUGUGGAGUUUAUAGAAAAAAUAACAUAUUAGAACAAGCGCAUUAAUAUUAAACCUGUGCUACUGUCAGAGCUGCUGUUAUAGAAAAUUAAUCAAUGCCUUCUGACUAAUUACAAAAGUAUGUGCACCCCUGACCAUUACAGUCAUAUGUGCUUGUUGAACAUCACACUUCCAGAUUUAUUCCCCCUGUGUUUGCUGUUAUAAUAAGCUCCACUCUUCUACGAAGUCUUUCCACUAGAUGUUGGAGCGUGGCUGUGGGGAUUUGUGUUCAUUCAGCUACAAGAGCAUUAGUGAGGUCAGGCGCUGAUGUUGGGAUGUCGAGGAGGUCUGGGGUUCAGUCGGUGCUCCAGUUCAUCCCAAAGGUGUUCAGUGGGGUUGAGGUCAGGGCUCUGAGCAGGACACUCGAGUUCUUCCACUCCAACCUUCACACACCAUGUCUUCAUGGAGCUCGCUUUGUGCACAGGGGCAUUGUCAUGCUGGAACAGGUUUCAGCCUCUUAGUUUCAGUGAAGGGAAACUGUAAUGCCACAGCACACAAACACAUUCUAUACAAUUGUGUGUUUACAACUUUGUCUUUGUGGCAACAGUUUGGGGAAGAACCACAUAUGGGUGUAAUGGUCAGGGGUGCACAUACUUUUGGACAUAUAGCGUGACAUAUUGGUUCUGGUGACAUUUAAUAGUAACUAGAAAAUUCUUCAUGAAUUUGAUGGAAACUGUUAAACAUUUUUCCAGUGGAUUGUAUUGUAAUUUUUUUCAGCAGUAUCCAGCUGUCCUGUGUAAACGAACCCUAAAUUUAUUCUCUAGAUUUUCUAUACUGUAUAAUAUGACGAAGAAUGAAUGUGUCAUUAGUGAAACAUCAAAUAAACGACCAUACUUUUUUGCUCUUUUCUUUCUUUUUAUUUCUUUAAUAUGCUGUUUUGAUAUGUUGUGUACUUCAUAUUUCUCACUUCAUACAAAAAUAAAUGAUGUGUGUAAGGAGUGUUUAAAAAG